CUUCGCGACCCUCCAAAAGAAAAAGAAAUAAAAAAAAAAAAAGGCAUUGCUACUAAAGCAGCAGAGGAAUGCCAUUCGAAUAGAGGAGGCGAUGAGGGCGAAAACUCCAAACCCUAGCAAAGCGAGGGGAGGAGGAAGAAGACGAAGAAGAGGAGCUCCCACUCCGGUAACGUCGCCGGCGAUGGCGGGGAGCUCUCCGGCCGGCGACCUCUCCGCCCAGCUCGGCCACGUCUCCCUCCUCCCCCUCCCCUCCGCCCCGGAAGCUUCCACGCUCUUCCAGAAGCUUCUGGGAGCUCCCUCCGAUGUCCCCCCCUUGCUCACCGAGGGCGACGACGCAGCAUUGCUCGAGGACAAAGAUUACUGCAUCCUGAGCCAAGAUUUCUUCUGCACCCCUGACUACAUUACGCCGGACGCACAGCCGAUCUCGAACAAUUUCGAGCUCAAUAAGGAGAACAUUUCGUGUCCCAAAUCGCCAGAGAAGUCAGUGGUUGCCCGGAGCAAGAGGUACAAACGCGAUUGCUCACCAAGCAAUCCUCGGCUGAUUGCAGAAGUGCAGUUAGAUAUUCCGGGCUCAGAGUUAGUUGAGCAGAAAAAGUUAUUGCAAAUUGGUUCGCAAAAAAAGAAAAGUUAUGUUUCUCAAUCAGCGGUAGCUCUGCGUUGCCGGGUUAUGCCCCCGCCUUGCAUCAAAAAUCCAUAUCUGAAUUCGGUUUCUGCAAUUGAUGUCGAUAUUUUCUGUGACAGAAGGUCAAAGCUAACAGGUUCUUCUCCAUCAGUUGGUUGUGAAAGUCUUUCGCGCUACCGCACUGAUUUCCAUGAAAUCGAGCAAAUUGGUUGCGGUAAUUUCAGUCGCGUAUUUAAGGUUCUCAAGAGAAUAGAUGGCUGUUUAUAUGCUGUGAAACAUAGCAUCAAGCAGUUGCGUAAUGACUUGGACAGGAAACGUGCAUUGAUGGAAGUUCAAGCUUUAGCAGCCCUAGGUUCUCAUGAUAAUGUAGUCAGAUACUACACUUCUUGGUUUGAGAAUGAGCAACUCUAUAUUCAGAUAGAACUUUGUGAACGGAGUCUCUCCAUCAAUAGAAGUCAUGCACCUAAAUGUGGAGAGGUCCUUGAAAUGUUAUACCAGAUAGCUAAAGCGUUGCACUUUAUGCACAAGCAUGGUGUAGCCCACCUAGAUGUGAAACCAGAGAACAUAUAUAUCAAAAAAGGAAUAUAUAAGCUUGGAGAUUUUGGUUGCGCAACUCUAAUCGAUCGUAGUUUAGGUAUUGAAGAAGGCGAUUCACGAUACAUGCCUCAAGAAAUGUUAAAUGACAAGUAUGAGCAUCUGGAUAAGGUCGACAUCUUCUCUUUAGGAGCUGCAACGUACGAGCUUGUCAAAGGAACACCUCUUCCUGAAUCUGGACCUCAAUUCUCGAAUCUUAGAGAGGGCAAAAUCUCUUUGCUACCUGGGUACCCUCUACAGUUCCAGAGCUUACUCAAGGCUAUGAUGGAUCCAGACCCUCUAAAACGGCCUUCUGCAAAAGAAGUAAUGGAACACCCAAUCUUCGACAAGCUACGCACAAACCUCUGAAAGAAGCAAAGAAUAUUUGACAAAGUUUAAGCAGUGAAAGAACUUAAAUAUUUUUUAGUUUCCUAUUAAGUCUUUCUCACUAAUUUUUGGAACUGCUCUUGAAAGGCUUAUUGUGCUUCUUUUUUUCUUUUUUCUGUAUAAUACACAAGUACUACUACCCUCUCCCAGGUUUUGUAAAGAUGCAUUCAGGUACCUCCUACGUGAUUGAAUGGAAUUUAUUUUCAAUCCCUCUUUUUUUCUGGGGGCUGGUUUUUGUAAGCAGUUUUUUUCAAUAGAAUUUCUCCAACUUGGAACUUAA